UCCUCUCUCACUUUCCGCUGUCGUUUCGCUUUUGAGAUUUUCCUCCCUUAACCACCAUUCCGGCCGUUACGCCGCCGCCGGCUUUCUCUCUCCACCGUCGAUUCUCAUACCAUGUCGACGGCGGAGAUGGACCAGCUGACCUCGGGGGCCAGCAACCGCAUCAUCCCGCUCCUCAAGGCUCUGAGGACCUCUCUCUUCGUCGUCUACACCGUCUUUCUCUCGCUCCUCCUCUUCGUCCUCCCCCGCCGCCGCCGCUGCCUCUCCGACUCGCUCUCGGACUCCGCCGCCAAGAAGCGCAAAUCGGCGUGGCGGAGAGAGGAGGAGGACACUUUCAGACGGCGAGCUCUGGCUGAGGGCCUUCAUGCCGGUGACGGCGACUGCGACGAGGACCGAAGGUUCCGUCGCGACACCUUCUUGUUCUACGGCGUGAGGCAGAGCGCUUUAUUCUGCCGCUCUUGGUUUCCGAUCUCCGGUAAUCCAAGGGGUAUUUUGAUCAUCAUACAUGGACUGAAUGAACACAGUGGAAGAUAUGCCGAUUUCGCGAGGCAGCUGACCUCUUGCAACUUUGGGGUUUAUGCAAUGGACUGGAUAGGUCAUGGUGGCAGUGAUGGAUUGCAUGGCUAUGUGCCUUCACUUGACCAUGUCGUUGCUGAUACUGGGGAUUUCUUGGAAAAGGUUAGAUUAGAGAACCCUGGAGUACCGUGCUUCCUCUUUGGUCACUCAACUGGAGGAGCUGUGGUUUUGAAGGCGGCGGCUUAUGCUAAAAUUGAAGAAAUGGUGGAAGGUAUAAUAUUGACCUCACCUGCUUUGCGUGUUAAACCAGCACAUCCAAUUGUUGGGGCUGUGGCUCCAAUUAUAUCUAUGGUCGCUCCAAAGUUCCAGUUUAAAGGCGCGAACAAAAGGGGAAUUCCAGUAUCAAGAGAUCCUGCAGCAUUGGUGGCCAAGUAUUCUGAUCCCCUAGUCUAUACAGGGCCAAUAAGAGUCAGAACAGGCUAUGAAAUAUUGCGUAUCUCUGCUCACUUGAUGCGAAACUUUAAGUUUGUCACUGUACCCUUCUUUGUCCUUCAUGGGACUGCUGAUAGAGUCACAGAUCCUCUAGCCUCGCAGGAUCUGUACACAGAGGCAGCAUCUGAGUUCAAAGCCAUCAAGCUCUAUGAUGGUUUCUUGCAUGACCUCCUGUUUGAGCCUGAACGUGAAGAGAUUGCGCAGGAUAUAAUCGAGUGGAUGGAGAAGCGAUUAGGCGCUGCUGUCUUAGAAGACGUGACCAACUUUGCAUAAAUUAUUUGCCCCACCCCAUCCUGGCAAAACAAAAGGAAAUGGGCAGUUUUGAAGCAGUUAGGCUGUAUACGUUGACGCCCAUUUAGAAGUGGAAAAUUGUCAAUGUGGUUUGCUUAUCGAUCUAAUAUUCUAAUGUUCAUAGGGUGUAUAGAUUCGGAUCAGCAAAAUGGUAUCGCUUUCAUCUUGGCACCCUGCUGAUGUGAAGAUGAUGAUAAGUGUGUUUAGGAAAGUGUGUCCUCGUGUACGAUAAAUUGAACUUGUUAGUGCGCAGCACAUUAUUGAUUUUGAUAUUGUUUUCUCAAAUUCUUUGGUGAUACUUCAAAUCAUGAAUCCAACUGAAGUUAGCGGGUUCAA